UCUAGCGCGCGCACCAGAGAGGGAGACUCAGAGCGCUCACUCUUCUGGACGGAGAUGUGAGAUUUAUUUCUGGGCAGAAUGUUAUCGUUUUCUGACGGACUCCAUACUGUGCUUACCAUAACAGCGAGUAAUUAAGUCAUCAGCAGCCAUCAGACUUCUAUAUCUGCGACAUGAAUCAAGCGCAUCUUUCGCGGGACGGGUGGAGUGGAGACUCGCACGAGGAUAUGUUUCUCUCUGACUGCGCAUAGGAUUUCUGGUUUGCGGCUCGAGAGUAAAGUUUCUUUGUAAGUGACGUUCCGGUGGAAUUACAUGACGCGUGUGGUUUCCCCCGGAGGUUCGGGAAAUGUGAACAAGUAACAGUUAACCGGUUUCUAAUUAAAGGCACGGUGAGGUGAGCCACUGGGGACCUCUUGUUACGUCUGAGAAGAAUAAAACGGGAGCAGGUCACUGGCAGAGCAUCCAGCGGCUUCACGGAGAUGGACACAGCGCUACAGCGCUUCUGCUGCCUUUCGGACAGAAGUCUUCUACACUGAACUGCUGGAGGAUAUUUCCCAGUCGGUGUUAGUGCAAGGACAAUUUGAACAUAUAUAAACAGUUUCCAUACCUUACGCGCGCAGGGUUUGUAGGCAACACAGUGGUUGUCUUAUGGCAAACAAUUGAAAAAGGAGUUAUGCAGUUCUAAAAAAAACCCGCAUAUACUUGCCUACCGAGGACAUUUCUACAAACAUAAUUGUUUCUUUUGGUCAACUCUCACCCCUUUGGAUUUUAUCACAAUAUCGAGAAUGUUUGGACUGCGGACAAUGCCACUGUUCGCGCUCGCGCUGAUAACCCUCACCAGCGCGCGCAGCGAGAGCUCCAAUGCGAGAUUGGGCAAGGGCGCAGUCGUCGCCGCCGCGUCUCACAAAAGCCUCUACAUACGGAUAAAAGACUUGGUCAAGCACAUGGAAGAAAGUGGAGACAAUAAAAAUGUUGCACAGUCUACCGUUAUAUUAGAAAGUCCGACAGAGCGAAGCUCACACUACACGAAGGAAAACGGAGACCAAGUCAUGGAAGUGUUUCCCAGGGACCUGAGGAAAAAGGACAGGUUUCUCAAACACAUGACAGGGCACAUUGUCAUCUCACACAAAUGUAGAAAACAGUUUUUCAGGAUCUAUUAUUCAAGAGAAUGCACAGUUAAAAACCUUUUAAAAAGGUGUGUUCGACUCUUGCAGCGAUUGGCUGCUAGUCCACGGUGUAAAGACGGUGUACAAAUUCACUACUCCAGCCAAACCAGACAGAUCUAGAAAAUCUCGGCAAGAAAAAAAAAGUGCCUUGGACAACAGCGAACACCAGUGAAACCAAAGUCACAUUCCAGUCAACGACCUCGCACUUGCAGGGUACCCCGAAAGCACAGCGCUCAGACGAUCGUGAGGAUGGAUGGAGGAACGGAUGGAUGGACGGCAACCAAAACAACUUGAAAGAUGCACCCCCAUCUCUCCCCCUCAAUCUCCCCGUUUCUGUGUGCGACCUGUGGGGCCCUGAGCACAUGUGGUGGAAGAACUGGACGAAGGGACCAGCUCGUGCUUGGAUGGAGUGCAGCAGCCACCAACAAACAAAACACGCCAACUUUUUUUCCGCCUCUUCCGGAGCUCCGCAGCAGAAAAGGGAUUAUUUUUUCUAAGCAGUGCGUGUGCAUGUAGACUACGUGAACGAGCGUGUGUGUGUGUGUGACUUUGUGCUAAAAGUGUGUGCGGUACGAUGUGCGCCUUCUCAGAGCAGGCUGGGUGCGAGUCACUGGGGCAAAGGCCUCAGAAAAGCUCGGUGGUGCCGAAUGGCUUUGCUUCAGAUGUUCCAGACCAAGAGACUGAUUCCCUCCCGACUAGGAAUCUGCAGGAUUUUAAAAAAAUUUCCCCCUGGCUGUGAGUCUGUGUCUGGGUCUGGAAGCAGUGGCCCAGCACAAGACAGUGCGCUUGGACAUGGACAGAGGGACACUGACUGGUGGGUCUGAAUGAAUGAAGUGGGGGAAAUGUCCAGCACUGCC